UGCGCUAGCAACUAACAGAUCAGUAGAGCACUAUAGGUGAAAAGUUCAGAUUUUUAGGUGUCUAUUUCCGUGUGAGCUGGAUAAGGCCCGUACGUUUUAGUUUAGUCUUGCCCUAAACAUGGACUCAUGGUGUGCAGACUUAGCUUGUCCGAGCUGUCAGGAUGCAUGUAUACACACACAUUGCUAUUGCUGCCCAUUUGCUCUUGAUUGCAUACUAACAAAAUAAAUUCGAAAUGCUACUUGUUUAUAUGAAUCUGCUGAAUCAAUACUUGAGAUCAAUUUCCGCUGAUUGUUAUUUCAUUCCAAUUGGGAAAGUGUAGCGCUGUAUUAAUGGAUGAAUCUGUUCAGAAUUGUUCAACAGAGGUAGUAUUCUUUCCCCAGGAUUGUAAGUUCUCUUUAUCUGUUCACUUUGGGAUCUGAAUUUACCUGUUAUUUGUUUCCAUACCUGCAGUGGCCACCAUGAUAUUAGAGUACAGCUGCUGCAAUCUGGGGAAGGCAGUAGUGUUACUGCGCUCUAGUCUAGAUUAUAUGUGUAGUGGUUUCUUAUUCCUUUUUAGAUAAAACCUUACCCAGCAUGUUCACAAUUGGCAGGUUUUUUGAUGGCUGAUACAGCUCCCAGGAGUCGCAGCGAUGCCCCUCCUGCGGUAUGGACACCAAAGACUUUCAUCUGCUCAUCUCAUUGAUAACGUGUGUGUUUUUCCAUAGUAGCUUAAUUGUACUCGUUUCUUUUCUAAUAUGCCAUCUUCUUCUAACUUGUGAGGUGCAUAAGAGUAUGCCGUGCGACUACUGCAGCACAGGUUGUGGCGGAAAGUUCAUCGCGCCGCACCCACGGUGGUGGUGUUAUCUCGGUUUUGGCUACAAUUCUCUCAGGGCAAGGAGGCAGACUAAAUGAUAGACAAGAUGGAACCAGUAGGUGUAGUAGCUGGACUACCUAGGGACAAAUGAGACGUGUUUCAGUUCUUCUUCUUUGCUUGGAAGCAUCAGCUGCGAAAUGGGCAAGGAGGAGGACUAAAUGACAUACAAGAUGGAGCCAGUACUUAAUCCGGAGUACCCAGAGACAACUGAGACAUGUACCACUUCUUCUUCGUUGCUUAUAAGCAUCAGCUGCAGAAUGCUGCUGCGGCUGAUGGAGGACGGAUGGCUAGCAGCUUGGCAUGGUCUUGGUCACCGGCACCAGUACAAUAUCCUGCUGCUCCAGGAACCCACCAGCAAAGGACGGACGGCAAGCGUCGCUGGUAAGCAAGGACGAGGUGGUGCUCCUCGAACCCACCAGCAGAGGACGGACGAGCUGGCUGGUCUGCAGCAUGGUGCACCCUCUUGUUUACACAAUUUACUAGUGCUUAUUUUUCUUGUGGUUGUGGCAAAGCUAAUCAAGCUGAGGAGCGUAAUUGUGAUUCUUUCUCUUGUUUUGUGUAAAUGCUGCUGCUGCUGCUGCUGUACUAGCCACUGCCGGCCCUUGGCUUCGACUACCUGGCCUUCCGUCUUGGCCCACGACGCAACCGCGGUGGUGAUGCUCUGCCUGGGCUACAAGCUAUUCAGGCGGUGGCGAAUGGACAAACGAGAUGCUGACGGAGCUUUGUUCUUGGACGUGUGGUGGUACAUAGCCGGUUGGGACUGACACGACGCCGGAGGAUCGGUGGUGCAUGGAUCGGUCGACGAACAGCGUUGGGUGCUGAGAGAGAAGGAAUGGAGAGUUGUGCAUGUGGCUGCCCUGAAGCAGCGGCGGUAGCAACAACAAUGAGGGAGAAACAGAGGUCGCCUCGAGGAAGGGAGAUAGAGUAGCUUUGUCCGGCUGGGCAAGGGAGUUUCUGGCCGAUUUCCACUACUAGCAUUCUGUUUCAGGCUCAAGUGCAAGGUUUUGUACCAAUGUUGCCGUGUACUGUAGUUUUGCUGAUGGUCAGGCCGUAUCAUGAGUUGAAUUCUUUAUCGGUAUUUAAAUGCUUCAGAGGAUGUUACCUGAUGUGAAUGUACAUGAGCAUGCACUUGAGAAUUGGAUCAGAGUGUUGGAGCUGCUAGUUGUUUUGUAUGUUUCUAGCUUCAUUGUAAACAAAUAGGAAAAAGAAUUUUGUUUAUGUGUUGCCAGACAGAUAGGAAGUAAGAACCUCUGAGAUAA